CUCAAAUCCCCCCUUAAGCCACUCAAAUCCCCACAAUCUCAAUCUAAAGUGAAGACUGAAUUGAGACUGGACUGGAUCAAAACCGGACAAUAUCCAAUCCAAUUCUUAGUCCUUAUAUUCUCAAAAAAACACGAGCGGGCACGGAUCAAUUCGGGCCAAUUUAACCGGACCGUAUAACCACCCCUAACUAGCUAUAUGUAGCAAUUAAAGAAAGGAAGGAAAGGAAGCCAGAAAGAAAGAUAAGAAGGAGGAGGAGGAUGACGAUGAGAGGAGCUAGGUCUGUAAUAGUAUGGGCAAUCAUCUGGUUGGUUUGCAGCAGCAGUAGUAAUAGUAGUAGUGGCGAGAGCAGCAGGAUGCAAACAGAUCAUCAUACAAUGGAAGCUGCAGGCGUCCCAAGUUGCAGCCCCAUCAGGAUAAAGAACGGCGACCCCACCGCCGGUGCGAUCGCGGCGCUCGUGAGGAAGCUGCUGAGCGCGACGCCGAAGCUCAUCAAUCACCCUGCGAGGAAGCGCUGCUUUCGUGCGUCGUAUGGAGGCAAAACGGCUUACGGUGCCGUGUCCUGUUUCAACGACAUCGCCCACUGCGAGACCUGCCUCGACGCCGCCCUCGAGGUAAUCUCCGACGGCUGUUUCGACAGGAUUGGCGCCCGGGUCAACAUGGGCAGCUGCUUCAUGAGGUUCGAGAACUACAAGUUCUGCAAAAAUGAUUAGUUAGCCCAGCCUAACAGGAAUAAUGCCCAAACGAUUAAUGUAUGGAUGAUGAUAAAUAACAAAAGUGAUUCGUGCAGUUGUUCCUAUGUAUGUAUCUUUUUCAUCUGUGUGUUUCUCUCCAGCUGGGGCUGCUUCCCGCUUCUGGAUGUCAUAAUCUAUGCAUGGCUGCACUUUUUUAAUAAGCUUCGUCUAGGUGUGUGCAAUGGAUUUGAUUCAUAAAUUGGUGAAUCUGAAGAUUAUAUGAAUUAGUGGAUUUAUGGAGAAGUGACAUUUAAGUAUUGGACUAAUAACUAUUUAAGUAUUGG